AGCCCGGUGCACCCUGGGAAGGCCGACUGCCACGUUGGUUGUUGGCGAGUCAUCACAAAAUACACGGUCCAAUAUUUUGGGUCAAAAUCGCCACAUUUCAGAAACUGGGUCCCGCAUAAGACGUGGCGUGAUCUACAUAAGACCCAGAAGAGUUCUUAGCCCCAAGAUUUAGCUUGUUGGAGUGAGCGUAGAAAGUCCUGUAGUUGGCACCAUGAAGGUAAAGGAUAUAGAGCGGACAGCUAACCAGGCAUGGAGCCCUGCAGAACACCACCCGGUCUACCUUGCCGCAGGGACGGCAGCUCAGCAGCUGGACGCUACCUUCAGCACCAGUGCUGCUCUAGAGAUCUACCAGUUGAACCUGGGUGAGCCGGGGUCACAGAUGGAGCCUGUCGGCAGCAUCUCCACGGAGCACCGAUUCCACAGGCUGGUGUGGGGAGGCUACAACAUGGGCACAGAUAACCUGCCAUCAGGGGUACUGGUGGGAGGGACAGACACAGGCAGUAUCCACAUCUACAACCCUGCCAAACUCAUCAAGGGCGAGGAUCCAGUGUUUGCUACAACAGAGAAGCACUCAGGCCCAGUGCGAGCCUUGGAUAUUAACCCCUUCCAGAAGAACCUGCUGGCAUCAGGCGCCAACGACUCAGAGAUCUUCAUCUGGGACCUGUCCAACCUGGAGACACCCAUGACUCCUGGCUCUAGCAAUCUGCCGCUGGAGGACAUCAGCUGUGUAGCGUGGAACCAGCAGGUUCAGCACAUCCUGGGCUCCUCCAACCCCACUGGCCGCUGUGUGGUCUGGGACCUGCGCAAGAACGAACCUAUCAUCAAAGUCAGCGAUCACAGCAGUCGGAUCCGUUGCCAGGCUAUAGCGUGGCACCCUGAGGUGGCAACCCAGCUUGUCCUGGCGUCAGAAGACGACCGUUCUCCCGUCAUCCAGCUCUGGGACCUGCGCUUCGCCACUUCGCCCCUCAAAGUGCUGGAAAACCACACCAGAGGGAUCCUGUCUGUAGCCUGGUGCCCCCAGGACCCUGACCUGCUGCUCAGCUGUGCUAAAGACAACAGGAUCCUGUGCUGGAACCCCAACAGCUCUGUACCUGGUGGGGAGGUUGUGUAUGAGCUGCCGACCAGUGACCAGUGGAGUUUUGACGUGCGAUGGUGUCCCCGGAACCCUGCUGUCAUCUCCAGCGCCUCCUUCGAUGGACACAUCAGCAUCUAUUCCCUCAUGGGAGGGGGGGUGGACACACAGGCAGAGCAGCAGAGACAAGCUGACAAGAUCUCUUCCUCCUUCCCUGGGAGUACGUUUGGAGGCCCUGCCCCCCAGCCCCAGGUCCAACAACAGGCCAUGCCGCUCAAGAACCCACCCAAGUGGCUCAGAAGACCUGUGGGGGCUUCCUUCGCUUUUGGAGGCAAACUGGUGACUUUUGAACACGUGAAGUCAGCCCAGCAGCAACAACAACAACAGCCCAGGAGAGUGUUUGUGAGCCAGGUCAUCACGGAACAGGAGCUCAUUAACAGAUCCAACAACCUACAAACGGCCCUGAAGUCAGGACAGUUUGGGGAGUUUUGUGACCAGAAAAUCCAAGCAGCAGAGACAGAGUUUGACCAGAGUGUCUGGAGCUUCUUAAAGGUGAAUUUUGAGGCUGACCCGCGUAGCCAGUAUCUGAGACUGCUGGGGUUUGAUGCCAAUGAGCUGGCCAAUAAAGUAGCGGAGGCGACGGGCCAGACUUCCCUGCAGAAUGGACAUGCGGAGGAGGGGGUUGACCCGCAGGAGCUGGCCACCAAGAUGCAGCUGCUAACUGUGGAUACGGCUGGUGACAAGAAGCUGACAUCUAGUGCCCAGGGCUCUCCGUCAGUUAAUGAGGCCAGGGCCUUUACCUACAACAGAAAGACGCCAGCAGAAGACAGCCCAGCGGCGGGUGCUGAUGUGUUUGACGCGAUCGCUGCUCACGGGAAAGACAUCGCCACAGAGUCACAGGACGCCAGCAGACCGGACUCUCCCUUCCAGAUCUCUGUAGACGAAGGUUGUGAUGGCCUGAUUUGUCGGGCACUGCUGACCGGUAACUUUGAGGCAGCCGUGGAGAUGUGUCUCCAUGACAACCGGCUGGCCGAGGCCCUCAUCCUGUCCGUGUCGGGCGGCCCCGAGCUGCUCGCACGCACACAGAAAAAAUACUUCCAGAGAUCACAGAGCAAAAUAUCCCGGUUGCUGUCGUGUGUAGUGAACCGCAGCUGGGCAGACAUUGUGCAACACUGCAGUCUGGAGAACUGGAAGGAGGCCCUGGCAGCUCUACUAACCUACGCUAAACCGGAGGACUUCUCUGCUCUGUGUGGUACCCUGGGUGGCCGACUGGAGACCGAGCAGGACGGCCAGCUGCAGGCCAACGCCUGUCUGACCUACAUCUGUGCCGGUAACGUGGACAAAAUGGUCACAUGUUGGAACAAGAUCACCAAGAACCCAAACUCACCCCUCGCACUGGAGGACCUAGUAGAGAAGGUGAUGGUUCUGAGGAAGUCUAUCGAGCUGACCCAAAAGCAGGCGCCGGCCGUGUCGGGCGGAGUCCUGGCAGAGAAACUGUCCCAGUACGCCGAGCUGCUAGCAGCACAGGGCAGCCUGGCUACAGCCAUGGAGUACCUGGGAGACUCCACUGAGCCCACCAUUGCCCAGCUGAGGGACAGGCUGUACAGGGCACAGGGGGAGGCAGCUCCCAGACAGGCCCAGACAGCACAGAGACAGGCAGCCAGACCAGCAGGGGUACAGCAGCAACAACAUCAGUAUAGACAGGUUGGAGUGACCACAACAACAUCCAGUGCUAACUACUACCAGCCCAGCACGUAUCCCUACGCCAGUCAGCAGCCUGCCCCAACACAGCAGCCGAACUUCACCCCGGCACCCCAGCCUGCACCGGCCCCCGCUGCCCCUGCUGCCCCAGGCAACGCCAACAUACUUACACCUCCAUGCCGGCACAACCGGGGGUACCACAGGGGGGACCAGCUCCGUCCAGCCAGUCCCAGCCCCAGCCCCAGCCUGCCCUGUUUACUCCGUCCACCAUGGCUGCACCGUACAGCCAGACCCCCGGUGGACCUGCAUAUUACCAACAACAGCCUUCACCAGCCCAGCCGGCACCUGCACCACAGCCUAUGCCUCCGCAACAAGAAGUCUGGUGGGAACAGUGGUGACAGCAAACCGGACAGAGUACAGGGAGCCUGGAACGAUCCACCAGCAGUUAUCAGGGCCAGAAAGGAUAAACAACAGGAGGCCUACACCCCCCCAGCCCCCAUCACUGCCCCCAUCCCCCUACCCCCGGAGGAUCAGGCUGCCAUGAUGAACCAGGAGCCUCCAGGUGCACCCAUCCCCGCAGCUGUCAACCAGCCGCAAGCAGGUGCUCAGCAGUAUAACUAUGGCCAAACUUAUGCUGCUCCACCUGCCUCAAAUCCACCACAGCAGCAGUCCUCUGCACCGACCACCCCUAAAGAGAAGGGCCCCAUUCCAGCUGAGCACCAGGAGCUGGCACAGAGCCUGGACUCACUACUGCAGAGAUGUCUGUCUACUGCCUCACACCCACAAACCAAGAGAAAACUGGAGGAUGUUAGCAGGAGACUAGAAGCCUUGUAUGACAAGCUGAGAGACAAUAGUUUACCAGCCCCGAUCCUGACCAGUCUACACCAGCUGUCUGCGGCCUGCUCUCAGCAGAACUACCAGGCAGGACUCAACAUCCACACACAGAUGAUCCAGGCUAGCAACUUCUCCCAAAUCAGCUCAUUCAUGACUGGACUCAAGGUUCUCAUGCAAGUCGCCAGUCAACAUAAUGUUUAACCUCCAUGUAGUUGGUUAUAAGACAGUGUAGAAGGCUAGUUCUGAUGGGGCUAAACAAAAUUUCUGAUUAUCACUUGUUCAUACUCAGUCAACACAAUGUUUAACCUUCAUGUAAUGAUAUCUUGAAAGUCCA